AUGUCAUUCUUGCCGUCGGCGGCGAGUGAAGGUGAGUGCGACGAGGCCAAACCUCAAUGUGGCAACUGUGUCAAACGAAAACAGCAAUGCCCCGGCUAUCGAGACUUGCUUGACGCAUACUUCAAGGAUGAGACGUCGACGAUUUCCAGUUCCUCCAGGAUACCCAACCGGCGGAGAUCGAGCCCGGAUUCUGCGCAGGAAAGUCCCAGUCAGGUUCCUGAGACUGCUGAGCCGCUCAGGCCGUGGUCACCGUUGCUGGCGUUGAGGAAGUAUGAGGAGGGUCCCGCCAUUCUCCUUCAGCCAUCUCGGGACGUCGAAUAUGGGUCGCUAUGCUUCUUUGUCUCAAACUACAUCAACACCCCCCGCGACCCUACCACCAAUAUCUUCGUCGAGCAUAUUCUCCCGUUAUAUCUGAGUGCGCCGGCCAGUUCGGCGUUGAGCCAGGCAGUCACGGCGGUAGCCAUCCACGUCGCCCAGAUGUGGAUGCCUCGGUUUGCCGACUCUUCUGCAUCGCGCGAAGCGUAUCUCAAUGCGGUGUCUCUUGUCAAAACUGCCCUGCAGGACUCGGUCGAGUCCAGAACCGACGACACUCUUGCCGCCGUAUACAUGCUGGACUUCUACGACUCUCUCAACAGACGAUUCAUUGACUUCGUGGACACCGGGACGCAUCAGCAAGGAGGCGUCGCACUGCUACGGCACCGAGGCCCCAGCAACUUCAAUACACCGCUGUCACAGCGCUUGUUUCUGGCCCUACGUGGCCGUCAUAUCAACUACUGCUUGGAGGUGGGUUGUCGGGUCCAGCUCGAUGCCGAACUACUUGAUGAAAGACCCGCCAUUCUUCCCUCGGCUAAACUCGACCUCUUGAAAGCUGAGCUUACAGCUGUCAACAUACUGGCUCGCGACGGGCCGGAAAUGGCAGGUAUGAGCCUGGUCGAGUUCCAUCAGACGGUCAUCAGCCGGGCACUCAGCAUUGGCAGGAAGCUAGACGCUUGGACGAAGUCGCUGCCAGAGUCGUGGCGCCCGGUAGCUGUGCCGGCUUCGGAACUUCAUCCGUCCAUACAAGCCGCAGGCCUCUACAACAACAUGUGCGAUGUGUAUUCCUCGCUGGCCAUCUCUCACACCCACAAUACUGCACGAAGUGUCCACGUGGGAGCACUGCGUCUUAUCGCAUUAUGCAGCAACGAGCUUGAGUGUCUGGGUGUUGACGUAGAUCCUGAACUUGGUGCCUACAUCGAGAAGCAGAUUCAGGAGAUUGCCGACCGCUUCUGCGCCUCAGUCCCAUUUCACUUGGGGAACAGGACUACACUCACGCUACCGCAUGAACCAAUGGAGUAUCCACAUAUACCUGUUGAACUCCGCAAGAUGGCAGGCUACGUCGAUUCGUUUGGGACACCGGUGGAAAUGACCAUGGGUGACCAUGCUCGAGCGGCAGCAGCCAUCGGCGGGCUAUUCCUCCUGACACCCCUUCGGGGGCUCAUGCAGGCGCCAUACGCCCGUUUCACAGCUUCAAGCCCCCGCCCAUUGCUGAAAAAGUUGCGAAAAGGCCAAGCCGAGUGGAUACAAGGUCAAAGACAACGCGUUCGGAAGAUCUAUUUGUGGCCAAGUAGCAUGGUCAGCGGCCCAUCCACCGUAGUGAGAGCAUACAAGGCGGAGAGGCGAAUACUGUUCUAG